AUGAAGCUGGGAAGGAGCCACGGGAACUUGGCAAACCCUGAUGCAAGACGAUACGGCCAUAAUUCAAGUUUACGUCGUUGCUGGAACCCUUCGUGGCGAAUCAACUAUACACGCAGGCAUAUCGACCUCUCGGCUCAACUCCUGCAACACCAAACCAAGCACCACGACGAAUCCCUCUUUGCUCAUCGCCCCACGAAUCCGGUCCUGCAGGCGGGAGAACUCGUUGACCUUUACGUCCCCCGAAAGUGUUCGGCCACCAACCGACUCAUCACCGCCAAGGACCACGCCUCGAUCCAGAUCCAGAUCGCUGACGUUGGUGCUGACGGCAAGGCCCUCAAGACCUCGACCACCAUCGCUCUCUGCGGUCAGGUACGAAGCAUGGGUGAGGCCGACGACUCGAUCAACAGGAUCGCUACCCAGAAGGGAGCUCUCCGAAACGUUUGGUCGUACGCCAAGUAG